AUGGAUGAAAAUAAAUGCCCAGACACAUAUUACCUCUAUGUCAAAAAUACUGGAGAGGUAAUGGAUGAUCUUCCCAUUCAUGUGAUCAGUUCCUGCAACAUGGACAUCUACACCUUUCCAUUUGAUAUUCAGAACUGCACAUUUACUUUUAACUCAUAUAAGCUCACUGCGGGGGAUGUUCAAUUGUUCUUUGUUGAACCUGUGGAGGUAACACUUAGGAAUUCCCUAUCUGUGAUGAAAACGAAAGGAGAGUGGGAGCUAGUCAACAUGCUUGCUGAGAAACCUCUGAUACUUCCAGAAGAGCUAAAUAAAACUUUCGAUACACUUAUUUACCAUGUCGUUCUCAGUCGUCGCCCCACGAUGUAUGUGGUGAACCUCCUGAUUCCCAGCUGCUUCCUCAUUGCUUUAGAUCUGUUCAGUUUUCUUCUUCCACCCCAGAACGUGGAUCGUUCUGCCUUCAAAAUGACCCUCAUUUUGGGUUACACUGUAUUCCUGCUGCUAAUGAAUGACCUGCUGCCCGUUACUGGAAACACAUUACCUCUCAUAAACGUGUUUUUCUCUCUUUGCUUGGCACUGAUGGUGGCCAGUCUUCUUGAGACAAUCCUCAUCACUAACAUUCAGUGUGGCUCCACUCACUAUGGACCUUUACCUUCAUGGGCCAAGAUGCUUUUCCUCAACUAUCUUGCUAAGCUUGUUUGUUUAAGCAAGAAACCCAGUGACCAAAACUGUGACCCUGAAGAGCACAGACUAGAGACCAAACGCUGUGAUCCUGCAGUUGAAACCCCUCCAAGCGAAGCAGCAUAUAAGACACCUGCUCUUCUGGAACUGAAGAAGAUAAGCCACGAGUUACUAUCCAUCCGUCAACAGAUCGAUAAACAUUUUAAAACUGAUGAGAGUGUAGAGGAGUGGAUGCAUUUGGGUCAAGUCAUUGACCGCUUGCUUUUCUGCCUGUAUACUAUAUUCCUCUCAGUUAGUUUCAUCACUAUUUUUGUAUAUUGGAUGUACCAGUACAACAAAACUGCAUCUUUAAUAUAA